CAGCUGCUUCUUGCCAAGAAGGACCAAAGAAGUAUUAAAUCCAACAUCCUUCGAUUUGAAGGCGCUGCUGGGUUAACAACAUCUCACGACCGAAGUGUACAUUCCGCUAAAAUGGCCAAAGAGUAAUACCUCGAUAUCCUACCUACUGAAAUGGACCAAGAGAGCUACUUCAUUAUGAACAUUCAUUUCCUGAAUUUGCUGUGACGAAAAUGCCCAAAUGCUAUUAAACCAGCUUGUAGGAACGGAGGCACCAAUUCAACUUUGGUGUCGAGAGGAAGGAUGUGGUGAGGUUGGUUCAUAAUCACAGCGUCCGACGGACAGGACCAACUACAGUGUUAAAACCGCACGAAGAGAAGGUGCAUGAAUGGGACUACACGAGUCCUUCACUCUGCUGCUACUUUGCAUACCAGUCCUCACUAUGUCGUUUAAUCACAGUUACCUCUCUGACGUUCAUGGCGAAGCAUACAAUCAAAACUCAUACGCACAUUACGAUCAGCAACUCUCUUCUCCCUUGGAUGAGGCAUACUCUCAGUUCUCUCCAGAUGAUAUCACUGGAGGAUCGUUUAUGACAAGCCCCGGAAAUGGAGUUCCAACGUCUAAUACCAGUGCAAUACGCCCUCAGCCCCCUAUGGUUUUCACAGAUUUUUCCUAUGUGCCGAGUACGCAACCCUCGAGUUGGCCAGAGUCCGCAUAUACACAACCCUCUUCCUCGCCUUAUUCCCCUUUCCCUCCUACACCGGGGGUAUCAGGAUAUGAGUCGAACCACUCGGGUGGACAUUUAUACCAGAAUUUGUCAGCAAAUUAUCCAAACUCCCAAGGGGAGAUAAACCCUGGCUUCAGGAUUAUCGACCCUCAGGGUCAUUAUACUGCCUAUCCUGCUCCUCCUGUCGAUGAGGGGCUUACUAUGAUCAGCCCUUCUUCGCUGACAUCUUUCGAAUUCGGGCUCAAGAAGGCAACUGUAGCUUCUACCAAAGUAAGAGAACAAGCGGAUAGAAAGCGUAAAUCUCAGGCUAGAUUCUAUUGCUCGUUUUGUUCUGCCGAUUUCACUGCGAAACAUAAUCUACAAUUCCACGAGAAUUCUCAUAAAGGCGAGAAGCCAUAUACUUGUCAUUAUUGUGAUUCAAGCUUCACUGUACCGCGUUCAAGGGACCGCCAUCAAAAAAACUGCAAACUUUCUUUAAAUGAUAUCUCACCUGGUAGAUUUUGAACUUACUGAUAUUGACGCAGUUUGACAAUAUGCGGAGGAAUGCAUUGGCUACAUUGAAACCUAUAUGAAACAGUCGUCGUAUAUGAUAAAGUGAUAUAUACAAGGUAGUAGUGUAGUAGAGAUUCCAAUUCAUGAGCCC